CUUUGACUCCUUCCCUCCCUAUCAUUCUUCCACAUAACAGAUCUGGAUUCUGACCUGAUCCCUCCAAACAACCCUCAAACCUGUCCAUUUUCAUCUUUUUUUUGGAGACACUCUUCCCAAACCAGCUCCACCGGAACUCGGUUACGGAGUAUUAAUUAGGUGGAAAGGCGAGGAAUUUCUUUGUUGCUUUGUCGCGGGUAACUUGGAUUAUUAUUCGGAGUAGCUUGCUGCGGCGAGAGUCUAGCUGUGAUCGCUUGAUUGGAAUAUGUCUCGCUGAUGUAAUAGAUGGAGAUAUGGCUCUGAGAUGGUAGAAAGUGAGUUGCCCUCACAGAAGCUUGAGGUCGGUCAAAGUGGAGGUCAGGUGUCCGUUUUUCGAAGGGAUCCUUUGUUCUCCGGCUGGUUUGAUGAGAAGGGAACACUUCAUUCACUUGAAUUGGGGGAUGCGAACAACGGUACUGAAGAUUUGGAUUUUGAAUUGCCUUUCAUUCACCAACCUGAGAGUGACGUAGCAAAUACAUCGUUAGAGGCUGAAAGACACCAGUUUAGCUAUAGCAUUUUGGGAAGAAUGACAUGCGGUGUUGACCUGGGCGAUGUGACUGCAAGGCAUGGAAAAGAGAGUUAUGUGCCUUUUGACGUAGAGGAUGGUUCCCCUAAUGAUCUGAAGCAUUCAGAACCCACGGGGGAUGAUAGAUACCUAAGCUACCAUGACCCAUCAAAGCAGCUUUCCCGAAGUCCUUUUUCUGUUUCUGAUGUUCUCAAGACAUUGUUCUUUAUACUUGUUUGGUACACUUUCAGUACAUUUUUGACACUGUA